GUGGCUGUUUGGAGGACCGAGCGGCAGGUCCACAGCCUCUGUGCAGCAGCACAGCUGCACAAUGGAUCAUGUUAUACUCGUCUCUCUGUUAAAACACUUAUUGGUAUGCAAGGAAUAACCUACCAAAACACAUAAAAUGACGACAGGCGAAUUUUUGGACUGUAAGCGACAGCAGUUUGCCGCAGAGAAGACGCGUUCAAUUCUUUAACAGGAUUAUAUCUUUUUAUUUUUUCAUCGUUGUGUUUGAUUCAUCAGUCCCCUGCUCGCCCAUUUUCCAUCCCGCGUCUGCCUUAUUAUAGGCUGUUUUUUUAUUUAUUUAUUUUUUAUUGUAUUGCUAUUCCCUGGGAUAUAUCCUCUACGUUUCAAUGGAAGGCCGGGAUUUCGCUCCGCCGCCUCACCUCCUGUCGGAGCGGGGAGCGCUUGUCCAUCGAGCUGCCUCUCGAAUCGCAGCGGCUGGUCACAGCUCCGUGCAGCACCCCGGACACUUUCAGCCAGGGAAAUACUAUCCGCCUCCUAUACCAAUGGCCCCACACUCAGGUAGUGGACUAAUGGGUAAUUCUUCAGCCUCCUUCAUGGGAACCUUCCUGGCCAGCAGUCUUGGAUCACCUACUGCCCACCCACCACACCCAUCAGGCUCUGCUUCUUCCCCUUCUGACCCUGCCUUCCGUGGGGGACCACAUACUGGGACAUCACAGAUUUGGUUCCCCCAUUCACAUGAUGCAGCGGCAGGGUAUCCUCGGUUUUCAGGGAGUCUGCCCUCCACGUUCCUUCCCAUGAGCCACUUGGACCAUCAUAGCAACAGCAGUGUUUUGUAUGGGCAGCACCGCUUCUACGAGACACAGAAAGAUAACUUCUAUCUGAGAAGCCUGCCUUCCCAACCAGCUCUCCUGUCUGCUAACCCUGGUUUUCCUACCAUCUCCAGAACAGCACCAGGUCACCCAUUAGGCUCUUGCAGCCGGGAAAGGGAUUCUGGAGGAGGAGGAGGAGGAGGAGGUGGUGGUGCACUGCAUAAAAGUUUGAAGGAAGGUAGUGAUCGGGGAUUAGUUAUGGGCUCCAAGGAAAAGGAGCGUACCAGCAAGCAAGAGGCUAAAGACAGACACCACCAUCACCACCACCACCACCAUCAUCAUCAUCAGACACAACAGACAACACUGGAAGAAGAUGGCAGUCGAGCACUGGAACGUCAGAAAGCCAGUUUAAGUAUUGAGACUGGGAAUUGUAAGGAGGACCCCCUUGGCCGGGGAAAACAACUCAGUGCCUGUUUGAUGGGUGCUAAGAUGGUCAAUGGUGAUUCUGGUGGUGGCAAGGUGCCGCUGUCCAGCUGUGGUGGAGGUAUUCAGAGCAGACAGCUGGGAAACGCCAUUGGUCCGCUGUACAAAAGAAAUCGGUUAGCAGCAGUAGCAGUGAGGUAAGGGGGAACAGGGCUGCCACAGGACUGCCUUGAAAGCCGUCAAAUGCUCCAUCAUUCAGUCUCCUACAGCGUUCCUCCUCCCUUGACCUUAAGCUCAGGGGCAGGAGCUGGUGCUGCUGGGACCUUCCCCUGCCUUCAGUUGCACUCCAGUCACCACCACCAUCACCCUGAAUUCUACUGCCCACCUCCACUGCCCACCCCUUGCACUCAAGACAAGGGGCCCACCCCCGGGAGAGAGCUAAAAGUCAUUGGGCCCACCUUUGUGCCUUCUGUUGGACACUCGGGGGACAAACACUGUGGGCCCUUCCAGCUUGGCAGCAUGGAUUGCCGGGGAGGAGGUACUGGUACCAAAGACAGGACUUUGGAUAAAAAUAACAGUGGUAACAACAAUGGCCCAUCUAACAGUUGUCAGAGAAAGCAGCAACAGCAUCCACCUUACGGGAAGGCAGAUAAAGCUCCAGAUUGGCUUCAGAGUCAACACCAGCACUUACAGCACCAGCAACGCCCUCAAGGAACUCGAUCCCGCAGUCUGGAAUGCAUUAGUAAUGCUGAAUUAGAUUUAUUCAGGCCUUCGCUACCCCAGGGGGCAAAGGAUAACCAUACUGGGAACCACACAGGAAACACUUCAGGAAAAAAGCAUCCCAUACAUCAGCACCCCACCCUUCCGGGACCUGCACUGGAAGUGUUGUCUUCUUCCAACAAAGGUGGCCACCAGCAGGGAGGCACCAAUGGUAGUGGAUGCACUUUAGAGCGGGGUGGGCAAAAAGUGGCCCGAAUCAGGCACCAGCAACACAGGCCUGUGACUGAGGCAGGAGGUGACCUGACUCCAGGCAACAAUGGGCAGGACAUAAAGCGAAAACUGGAGCUGACAUCUAUGGGAUACAGCAGUAGUGCACCACAGCAUCUACCCCCCUGGGCCGUCCGUGGACACCAGAACCAGGCAGAGGAUGAGCAGCAGAGGAAAGCCUACCUGGAUCCUUUCAAUAGGCAGCAGAAUCAGCCAAAUGGUCAGCCAGGGAUGUCACAGAGCGGUCAUUCAGAGAUGCAAGGCACACAGGGUGAGUCAUCUGCCAUGAAGAGCUUAAUCAAGUACAGCAGCCAGCACCAGCCUCUGCUGCUAUCUCAGAAGAGUCCCUUUGGAGGAUUAGGCAACCUUAAGGCUUCAGCAGUAAUGGGAACACUGCGCCUUACAAGAAGCAAAGCAGCCAUUGCCCCACGGAAAGCACUAUCUAAUGAGCCUGAGCGACCAGACUGCAGCGGGCGAAGUCGUGACACAGCUGAGAGUCACCAUGGCGAAGGGGAGGUGCGGCAGCCACCUGUAGGCAUUGCUGUGGCAGUGGCUAGGCAAAGAGAGCACAGAGCAGACCCCCUGACACCCCACUCCGGGCACAGUCGGCAGGGCAGAGUGAUGCCAUCCAUGAAAGGGAUUCCUCGUCCCAUCUUCCCUUUGGAUGCAGAGAAUGAAGAGGAGAGAAAAAGACUUCCUGAUGAUCAGCUAGGACUCUCCUGCCUUGACCGAGAAAGGGAUUUCUUUGUCAGGGAGAACAAAGAGAGAGUUGAAUUUGCCAGAAUCCAUCCCUCCAGCAACUGUCAUGGAGACCUUACUCCACAUCUUAUGGUGCCAGGAGGGGCUUCUCUGCAAAGCAGCCAGUUGGGAGCUGAACCAGCAGCACACACCCAUCCUGCCCACCACCACUGGAUACAACGGACAGGAAGUCCCUCCUUGUGGAUGACAGGUCACACUUAUGGAAUUAGCCAUGCAGCUCUUCACCAGAAUCUACCACCUGGUUUCUCAACAGCAAUGUCUAGUCCCCUACAACCUGUCCUGCCACUUCCCCAAGACCCAUCUGCUCAACUGGUUGUGUUGCCAACAGAACCCCCCUCCCACUCUGCUAAGCAUCAUCUGGAUGUCAUGGAGCAGCCAUCCCUCUGGCCUCCGAUGUAUGGAACCCGUGGCCCUGGCUCUCACAUGCAACACCCCGCACAACUUCCCACCAUGUACUCCCGCUCACAGUUUUUGCGCCAGCAAGAAUUAUAUGCUCUACAGCAGCAUCAACAACAGCAGCAGCAGCAGCAGCAACAGCAGAGGGCUGCACAAAAUGCAGACUUACAACAGCGGCAGAGUCACCUGCAGCCCCUCCGGAAACAAGAGGAAACAUCCUUGGAACUUGAAGAGCUGCUGUCAGAGAGAAGUCUGAAACACACAAAGCCAUUCAGUUUUUCCACCACCAAAAAUAUGCCAUCGCCAGGAGGUUGUGGCAACAGGCUUUCCCCCUGUUGCCCUUCGCCCUCCCUGCGGCCCCAUGCCAAAAGUAAUCCAUGUACACCUUGCCCCAUGCCAAAUCCCAGUCCUGCUACAGCACCCCGCUCUCCAGCUCUCAGUCCAACUCCAUCACAUUCCUCCAAGGGGAAAGAGACACAGGAAAAGAGACCUGAGGGACAGCCACCACAGGAUUACCCACAGUCCCUCGAACCAGACCUUCCACCAGGCUACACAUAUCCGGAAGUUGCCAUGAGUUACAGAAGUAGUAUGUCACCUCAAGAUAUCCGUGCAGCAGAACCUGAUGAAUUGGAGGCAAUGCAGGCAGAGCCUGAUGAACCUGUUCCCCAGUCCAUAGGUUCAGCAGAAGAUGAACUAAUAAAUGAGAAGGCUGAUUCAUCGAGAAUAUCAGAGGAAGUAGUUGGACCCAAAACCACUGAACUUGGGCAGGUAGAAGUAGUAGGUAGCAGUGACUGUUGUGAUCCAUCAGAAAUGGACUCAAGUGGACUAUUUCACUGCCCUAGACCUGAAAAAGAUACCUCUAGUUUACCAUCUCCCAUUCCUGCUACUCCCACCUAUCAUUCCCAAGGACCAAUGGAGGUGGAAGACUCAGUAUGCAAACAGGAAUUUAGUCUUCAAGACAGCAGACAGGAAGAGGAACAUGUAAGGAACAUACUGGAUGAAGAAGACAGAGAGAAUUACCAUCCUUGCACAAGUCCAUGCUCAGUAGGUGAUAAAAAGGAGACCUCUGAUCUGGAGUCGGGGAGAAAAACCCCUACGCCACAAUCUGGGGAUUUCUGCAGGAGUCCUUUAUCACAGGAGGAUGAGCCCAAUCAUAGCAUUUCAGGAAGUGGGCCAGACAAGGCAGUAAUUGUAAAUUGGCAGACUGUCCCAAGCACAGGCUUGGAUCUGUUGAUUGCAGCCACACUCUAUGGUGAAGGAGAUACUCCGUUGCUGACACCACCACAUUCCUCCAAUGCCAACAACCCAUCAGUAAGUUUGUGUUGUCACCCCAGCCAUGGAAUAGCUUUGCUCAGUGCACUAGUGGAUCUGGAGCUGCAGCAGAGGAAGAGUGAGGCAGAAAAUGAAGGAGCGAUGCUGAACUUUGAUCUUCAGAACCUGGCCACCUUGGCAGCAGCUCGGUCUCUUGAGCUAAAUCCAGGAGAGGACAACAGUCUUCGAGCAUGGAAACGGUGUCCAAUCCGCCGAGCUUUCAACCUACGGAAAAAAUGUACUUGGACUCCUCGUCUGGAACCGGUCUGUCCAGUAAAGGCUGCGAUUGAAGGAAUGGAUGGACAAGAGGUGGCCAUGAGGAUGAGGCUUGCAGAUCUACAGCGCCAGUACAAAGAGAAACAGAAGGAGCUGGCCAAACUGCAAAGGAGGCACGACCAUGAGAAGGAGGAGACAUCUCGUAGUCCUGCUCGACGUGGACCUGGGAGGCCCAGAAAACGGAAGUCUACAUCUGGAAGUACUAGCACCCCAACAGCAGCAGGAGAUAUGCCCUUAAAAGUCAAGUCAAUGGAGACUGGCCUAGGUUUGCUCUGUGACGAGCUACAGGAAGGAAUUAGUGUAAAGAGGAAGAAAAAGGCCAUUUCUGAUCAAGGAUUAGAGUGCUUCAGUGGCCCAAAGGUGAAGGCCCGCUGCAAGCAGAGUGGAACACAGAGGGCACUGAAUUCCAAAUUGGCCAGGAAGGUUUCGCAGCUCAAGCAAAAGGCUAAAGUAAAUCGUUGUGGCAAAGGAGAAGGUCCCUUUCGGCGAAAAGCGCUUCAGCCCCCUAGCACCUUACCUACAAAGAUAUCUCAGGGUCAGGGUAUUUCCCGAGGGGAACAGAGGCCAGCAGUGGAAAUGGAGAUUCAGCCAGGUAGCAGGAGCAGAGCUGAAACAGCACUAAGCACAGACAGUGCAGGUUCUGAUAAUUUAUCAGGAAGAAUGAUGUUUGGAAAAAAGAUGAGCGAGAGGAAAUUUAGUCCAUCCUUGAGAAGAUCCUCCACUGGGCGAAUAACAACUCAGAAAGCCUCCAUCAAGAGCCUAAGCCUUCCAGCAGUAAGUGGAAAAUCUAAACAAGACGUAGUCACUGGGAAGGAGACCUCACAGUCAGAGAGCACCUCUUCAGAUCAAGAAGGAGAGGAUGAAGGCAGUUGUAACAGUGACCAAGGAGAUGACAUUGGUGGCCUAACUUCCAGAUCACCGGCCCUCGGCUCAGCCCUACUUGACCCCUCUCCUUCAUCUGUUGUGAAACUUGAGGCCAAUCAGAAAGCAAAGAAAAAGAAGGAGAGACAAGGGCUUUUAGGAACAUUGGAUGGAGAAGGUGAAGUCAAAGUUAGAAAGCGCACACCUGCAAGGAUGGAGGCGGGAAAGAGGAGGAAUGAUAAUAAAUUACGGGAAACAGAAAAACGUACAAAAUCAUUCAGGACACAACAAAAGUGGUCAGAAACAAACUCCAGAGGCUGUCACCGGGCUACUAGCAGGUUGCACUGCACUAGCACUGCAAGUGAGAGGCUGAAGAGGGCAACAAGGAAGUGCAAAGGAUCCAGCAAGCUAAAGAAAAGCAAUGAACCUGAAAGAUGCAUUUCCCCUCAGCUGUUGGAUUUCAGUGGCAACCAGGUCAAGAAGGUCAACAAAGUCAGGAACAAACAGCCAAAGGGCCGAGCAGUGAGUAGAUUGUUGGAAAGCUUUGCAGCAGAUGAAGAUUUUAAGAUCAAUGAAGAUAGUAGCUUCUCUGAAGAGGAUGAGCAUCUUUCUCUGAGCUCAGUCCACCAUCCCAAGAACACAACAGUGAUACCAAGCUGUACACUCACAAAGGAAGCCCUGGUGGAUGGCCUAAAAGUUCUCAUCCCCAAAGAAGAUGACUUACUGUAUACAGCAGUAGUGCGUACACUGCAGCUCCCUGACAUCUACAACAUUGUUAUUGAAGGGGAAAGAGGUAAUCGUCCCAGAAUCUACUCAUUGGAACAACUACUACAGGAGGCGGUACUUGACAUUCGUCCAGAGUCUGAACAGAUGCUGACAGCGGGGACAAGGGUAUGUGCUUACUGGAGUGAAAGGUCACGCUGCUUGUACCCUGGCUAUGUUCGUAAAGGAGGUCCUGGAGAUGAGGAGAAGGGGGUUGGUGUCAUGGUAGAAUUUGAUGAUGGAGAUAGUGGGCGCAUAUCUUUAUCCAACAUUCGUUUGCUUCCUCCAGACUACCAGAUUCAAUGCACAGAGCCAUCUCCUGCCCUGCUUAUUGCAAAUGGAACACGGCGAUGCCGAAAGCCCGCUACAGAAAAACCUAUGCAUAAUGAUGCUCGCCAGGCAAUGGUCUCAGAGAGUCAGGAAAGCACAGACACGCAAAAGACCCAAGAGCUAAAAUGUGUCAACAAAGCCAAGACAGGCAAAGUGAAAAACACAGGUUUGGGAUCUAAGACAACAGUAGCAGGAAGCAUCUCUAGAAGUAGCAGUGUUUUGCUUAGCUGGCCAGAUGUUCUUCUUUCUAAAAAGAAAACACCACACAAGGUGGGCUUAGGACUUCCAAAUUUAUUCCAACUUAAUGGAAAUCCACGGAAACUGUCCAAGGGUAAAGAGAUUGGCUCAUUCCCUUUGCAUACGCUUACUCAGCCUUCCUCGGCUCCAGCUAAGACAAUGUUUAGCAAUUCAUUCGAAGUUGACAGCUUCAGCAGCAUUGCUAAUGGCUACUCUAGUUUUGGCAGUCAGGCUGGGACACCUUUAAGUUCCCGUAACAACACACAAUCCCGGGCUAAGAGUGGACAGAAAACUAAAAAAUCUGGUGGAGGAGCAGAGUUUCUUGUCAAGCUGGACCAUGAAGGUGUGACCUCACCAAAGACCAAGAAUGGCAAAGCACUUCUCCUUUUGGAGUCUGCAGGCACAAGUGGUAGAGUACAGAAGGGUUUUACAGCCAAAGCAGAUAUGGAUGCUUCACCUGUAGCAUAUACUCAUCCCAUACUUCUAGUGAAGGACAAUAAAAAGAGUGGCGAUGGAAGGGCGGACCUCUUUUUAAAAGGAGCAGGUACAUUGCGUAAACCUCCCCCGCCUACUCCUACACUUGGGCUUAGUGAAUACAGCGAGUUUGGAAUGAACUGUGAUAGCGAUUGUCAGAGCUCCUACUCAGAUAUGUAUGAAGAAGAUGAAGACAAUAAUGAUGUGAGAGCAGGGGACCUGAGGAAUGCUGGCCGCUUCCUAUCACGACUGUCUGUAUCAUCCACUUCUUCUGUUUCAUCCAGUUCCUCUAGUUCUGGUUCACUCUCAAGUUCUAGUCUCUGCUCAUCAGAAAAUGAUUCUUCAUACAGUUCAGAGGAUGAAGAAGAAUCAACUCUUCUCCUUCAGUCUUGCCUCUCAUCUCACCCUACUGUUCCAGCUGCUCUUCUGUCACAUCCAGAGCCUUCCUCUGGAGCAAAUACAGCCACACAAAGGUCAUUUGUAGCAAAGGCCAUGGCAGUUACUGGCACCAAAAACACGUCCAAGCAACUCAGAAAGAAAGACACCCUUGGUACUGCCCCAAAGACAGUAAAGGAGGUAACAAAAAGACAAAGGCUGCCCUCUGUAGACAACAGGCCCAAAAUCUCUGCCUUCUUACCAGCACGUCAGCUCUGGAGGUGGUCUGGAAACCCUACCCAGAGGAGAGGCAUGAAAGGGAAGGCCCGCAAGCUUUUCUACAAAGCCAUUGUACGGGGUAAAGAGACUGUGUGCGUUGGUGAUUGUGCCGUCUUCCUGUCUGCUGGCCGGCCACAUCUCCCCUAUAUUGGUCGCAUUGAAAGCUUCUGGGAAACAUGGGCAAGCAACAUGGUGGUCAAGGUCAAGUGGUUCUAUCAUCCUGAGGAGACAAAACUGGGUAAAAGACAUAGAGAUGGCAAGCAUGCUUUAUACCAGUCAUGCCAUGAAGAUGAGAAUGAUGUGCAGACCAUAUCUCACAAGUGCCAGGUGUUAAGUAGAGACGAGUAUGAAUGCCUGAGCAGAAAUAGAAGGCAUCAGAACAGCCAGGACACAUAUUAUCUUGCUGGUACAUAUGAUCCCACAACCGGGCAGCUAGUUACAGCUGAAGGAGUGUCUAUUCUAUGAGCCAGCAGAGGUUCUUCCAAAUUUACAAAGUGGUUGCUACAGGUUGUUUCUGGGAUUUAAAGAGGAUAUCCAGUAUGUGUUACAAGGAAGCCAAUUAGCUGCAAAGAAGCAGAUGAUUCCUCAUUUCAAGCCAACCAAACCAUUCUGUCAAGGAAAGAGCAAAAUGUUCUGAGGAGGAAACACAUUAUGGGAUAUGAUGUAUACCUGUAUUUCACCUCCUGCCAUCCUGCUGCUUUUCUGCACUUUUUUGUCUUUCAGGGACAACUUUCAAGGCUACUAGUAUCUGCAAUCCACAUUGUCCUGUUGCAAAACAACCAGGCCAUAGGCGAUUCAGUGACUAGACUGAUGGCAAUUAGCCAUGCUCUAUUUCUACUAUUUUGCUUUCUAGCCGAGGCAACCAAUCUGCACUUUAAUAGUGGCUACUCAAGACUGGAUUUCUAGAAUUAACUAGUACACUAAUCCAUACCCCAUGGGUAGACCUGGGUACCUGGGCUGAAGCACUGUGGCCACAGUAGACAGCUCUUACUUAUAAAUGCACCAUACAAGUGGUCAGGUGAAAAGAAGUGUUCUCGGAGAAAAACAAAAAGCUUUUGUGGAUCAACAAAAACCUAUGCGUACAAGACAUCUUUUAUAUGAAUCAAUUCACUUUCUUAAAAAUGAAUCAUAAAAAGACUUUUUCCCCAAGCAGGGAACAAUGAGCAACCAAAACUCAGGCAUUGAGUUUCCAGUUCAUCAUCUCCCCCUUCUUCAUACCAGUUGGGAUUUACAAUGCUUCAUUCCAUGCAAUUUCUCUUUUUUAUUCUUUUUAGAAUCAGACAUGCAGCACUUGAACUCUGCACUUGAUGUGCUCCUUGAACAGGUUAAAAAAAAAAGUAUACAGACACUACAACAUUUUCAUGGUUUAGUAAAGCAAGACAUCGCCUCCAUAAUUUUGUUUUUUUUUAUAGUGUCAAAAAUAUCUUUGUGAAGUCAAGUUGCAAGUUAGCAAGUGGCCAGAGAACACAAGUCCCCAAGCUGAAAAUUCAACUAACUCGCCAGGAAAACUGGAAGAUGAAAUAUAAUUUAAAAAAAUGGCAGCCAAAAUAAUAAGAGGAGAGUCAUUUUCUUUCAAAAUGUACUGUUAAAAAAAAGUGUUUUACAAGCAACAGGUAGGGUUAUAAACAUGACAUGUACAGCUGGCUAAUUCUGAGACAAAGCUCAGCAGCCUUUAUAGGAACUCAGCAGCAUAAUGAUCGGUUGAUUUAAAAAAAAAAAAAAUAGUGGGGGGAUGAAAGGAAGUAAAAAAAAAUGCAGGGAUCAUUUUUAUCAAACAAAACGUGGGAAACACAGUUGGCAAAAGGUGUAUGGUAUUUUUAUUUCAGUUACAGACAUGCUCAACAGCCGCAUCACUAACAGCACAUUAUCUGAACUCACAGUUUUAAGUUCAUAACCAACAAUCCAUGUCAGUAAAUUUUGGAACUUAAAUGAGUAGUAGGAUGCAUGUUCAUAAGGCAAAAAAAAAAAAAAAAAUGGGAGUUUCAGGUAGUGCUGUGUUUACUUUUGAUGCUUUCUUUUUUGCUUUCCUGUGAACAAAGCAGAAAUUCACCACACAAAUAUAAAUUCAGAAAUAUUUAUUGACCUCACUUUAUUCUUUCCAGGGAUUUAUUUAUACAUUUCUUUUCCUUUUUAACUUAAAAGGAACAAUUCUCCAGCAAAGCCAUAUGUUUCAGUACCUCUGCUUGCUUUCUGAAGCAGGCAUAAUUUGUAUGUUGGUGAGCCUACUUGGGCUGAAUGGUCAGUGUUUUUUUUUUUUUUGUUUUUUUUUGCUGCUGUGUGUGUUUAGAAAAGAGCAGACACACAGAUACACACACACACACAAACACACACACUGGGGAGAAAAACAAGCAAGCACUGUAUCUCCCAAGUUGUGAAAUGAUGUAAAUAAGAAAUUUUAAAUGAUGGCUACAGACGACUUUGCUCAGAGGUGACUAACUCAUACCAAUACCUUGUGGUUUUGGGCGAGUUAGAAAGCCUCUCACGUUGAAAAGUUGGGCUACAUUUAUUUAUUUUCUUCUAAUUUUAAUGAAUCAGAUGUAUUUUCUGGGGACACAUCCAGCCUUCUGCUAUGGAAUAAGUGCAGGGAAUUAAAAUUGUGUAUGUAUUUGGUGAAUGGGUAUAGUGGGAUUUUGCUGAAAGCAGGGUGUGUUCAGUUGAGGCGUAUCUCACAGUAAGUGUGUUUCUACUAUAAAAAAAAAAAAAAAAAGAAAAUUAACAAAUGGGUCAAAUUGUUUUAUUUAUUUAUUUUUUUAAUAUAUAAAUGGGGGUGGACUAUAGAAAGGUUGCUUGUUCUUUGCUGUAAAUACAGGAAAACGUGCCGCAUCGCAAACCAAAGUACCUUGAAAAGGUGAUUUUUCUUUUUGUUUUUCUAGAAAAUGUAUUAGAAAAAAUAAAAAAAUAAUAAGGAAUCCAAUCACAAUUCUUGUACCGGGACCCUGCAAUGCAAUUAUCUGACUAGAACUUUUUUGACUCAUUAAUGGAGUGUGAACAUGCUGUGCACAUGCACUCUUCACACUUAAGGCACCUUUAUUAUAAAUGUUUCUUGUGAUGGACAAUCAGAUUAUCUUCUGUUUUAAUUCAAAGGUUUUUCUGUCGCUUGGUUUGCCAAAAGCAAUUUUUUGCCAUUUGUUGUUGUUUAUGUUAAAGGUAAUAUAUCUGGGAUUAUCUGCACUGUGUAUUAACUUCAUCAGCACUUUUUCACUCAUGUGCUUAAAUAUUCCCAAAUUAUUUUAAUUGGCUGUACUCAAGAAUGGGCAUAUAGCAAACAUGAGAGUUAGGUGCCUAGUGCGGCCAGUGUUAGAGUUAAGGUGAGUGGUGGAUAGCUGAUCUGUUUGACCUCAAUCACACAUCUAGCAUUAAUUCCUUAAAAAAAUGCAGUUGGACAGCAACAGCUGUUUCUGUGUAGCCAACUGGAUCCGACGUACUGUGCCAUUUGACCAGCUCUGAUCUGAAGCUGGUUAGGGUGUUGGCUCUUCUCUUGGUCACACAGAUCAGCUUUACAAAGGCACAGGCUUCUCUUGCCUAUCAUGUCCUGGAACAAGUAACCUGAUAAACCAAAGAAAUUGAGCACCUCUGCUUUGAAAACAGUAUAUACAAACAGAGAUUCUUGGAGAAUGUGGAAUAUUUUGCUAUUGUGAGUUUUUGAUCAGUCACUCAGAAAGGUGAUUUGGAAAGUAGUCCCCUUCUAACUAGUCAUAUGUGCUCUGAGAUUGUAUUUUAGACAAGUCUUGUCCAGUUUGCUUAAAGAUAGUAUUUAUUUAACUAAACUCCUUUGUAUACAGAUAAAUGCAGAUGCUUACAUGGGUCUUAGUCUAGUUAUCAUGUCCAGUGCUUCUCGUGUGUUCACUAAAGAACUGUCAUAACUAUUGAUGAUUAACAGAUUUCAUUCUGCUUUAGCAUCAAACAUUAGUCCCCUUUAACCAAUUUUAUAUUAGCCAAAAAUUACAGUAAGUGCUCAGUAUGUCACUAUUACUCAGCCUAAACUGUUGGGUUUUAAAUUGUCCAACAGUAUGAGAGUAAGUGUAAUAUUAUACUUUAUACAGUACAAGGGUGUACCAAUAAAAUGUCAGCAUACUUUACUUACCUACUUAGUCAUCAUACUUGGCUACUGACAUGUAUACUGUGUGGCUAAAAGUCUGUGGACACCUGCGAUCACACCUAUAUGAGCUUGUUGGACAUUCCAUUACAAAGCCAUGGGUAUUACUAUUCCACUGCUCCAGUGUCCAAUGUUGGUGUGCUUUACACCACUCCAUCCAAUGCCUGGCAUUGCACAUAGUGAUCUUGAGCUUUGGAGCACUUGCUUGGUCAUUUUAUGAAGCUCCCAAUGCACAGUUCUUGUGCAGAUGUUGCUUCUAGAGACAGUUUGUAACUGAGUAAUACAACAGAACAGCGUUUUUCUUUUUUCCACUCUGCACUUUAGCACUUGGUAGCCACGCUCUGCGAGUUUGUGAGUUCUACCACUUUGUGGCUGAGCUGUUGUUGCUCCUUGACGCUUCCACUUCACAAUAAUAGCACUUAAAGUUGACUGGGGCAGGUCUAGCAGAGCAGAAAACAAAAACAUACCAACUUGUGGGAAAGAUGGCAUCCUAGAACAGUACCAAUUUUAAGGUCACUGAUCUCUCCAAUAUGGUCAGUUCUACUGCCAGUGUCUGUCAGUGGAGACUGACUGGCAAUGUGCUCGAUUUAAUGCACCUUUUGACAGUGGAGACGGCAGAAAUACAUUAACUUAAUAAAUUUGAGGGGUGUCGACAUACUUUUGGCCAUUUGGUGUACUUUUGGAUAAUAUAGCAUAAGAGAGUGUAUGUGUAGUUGCAUAGUGUCAGAGAAAAAAAAAUCUUAUUCUAAUAUAUAUGUAAAUAACAGAAAGGUUUAACAUUAUCUUCACAUUUAAUUGAAACUUCCCUAUGAUGAAGUACAACAAAUUAGCUUUAUUGUACCAUAGUAUGUAGCAAUAGGUUGCCAAGAAAAUUGUUCAAAAUGUGGUAGAUUUUGUUUUAAUUAGUGGGAAACCAUUUUCUAAAAUGUCCAUAUUUAAGAAAUGUUAGGUUUGUAAGCAUCUAUAUUUAUUGGUGAAAAAUAUGCUAAUACAUAGUACUUACAGUAUAAUAGUGUACCAUUUAAAGGUUUACAUGUGUGUCAUCGAGUCUUGAAGUUAAGUGAAUGCUAGAUGGAUGGUGCUUGAGCCUAAAUAAAUAAAAUUAAAAAAAAUGCACAAAGGGAAAUGUUCUAGGUUGUGCCACAGCUCCACCACUUACAUUAGCUGGUUUUGUGUUCACUUGGCCACAGUGGGUACUGAUAUUUGCAGACCCAGAUGUGACUUACUAGACUCUUGAUCAAAGAAUAAACAACACAUGCAAAUACAAAGAACACAAGUGAAUCACCUACUAUAAAACAGUGUACAAGUAUACAGAUACAUAGAUAAAAAUAUGAAAAUAAGGUUUUUGCCUAAAUAUUCAUGACCAUAUCUAACUUUUAUGCAUGUGCCUACUGGCAAACUCACACGAAUAUGGCUAAUGAAACCAAGAUACACCGUUUAGAAAUCACUACAUACUGUAUAACAUGGUGCUUUAAUUGUGAGACAAAAAAACUAAAAAAAAAAAAAACUACAUGUCAGUUGAAAUUCCAUUGCCUUUGCUUCCCCAUGCACAAAACACUUAUUCAUGGCUGGUUCUUUACUUUCUUCUUUUAGGAAGAAAGAAAGAAAAUGCCUUAGAGCUUGGGAAGUCAGAGAAAGUCUUCUAGGCCCAGUGACGGCAUAGUUGUGAAAUGGGCAUCUCUGACCAAGGCAUAGGUGCAAUACUACUAAAGGUUCUAUUGCAUUAUGGGUCCAUAAGGGCAGAAAAACUGCUUUUUCUUUUUUUUCUUUUUUGAGGAAAUGACUGAUGCAACAUGGGAAUGGGCAAGGAGGAUGCAGGACCAUCCAUCCUUUAGCUCAAAUUAUUUAAAUCCACAGUUGUUUUAAAUAAUUAAAAA